GGUAAAGGACCAACAGGCAUUUGGAUUUGGGGCCUAUGGUUUUUACCAGUGCAAGAGAGGUAGAAGGAAAAGUUAUCUCUGUUUUAUUUUGCAAAGAUGUCAAGAAAUAAAUAAUGAAGAACAACUUACACGUUUGGAUAUUGAACUUUCUUUUGCCUGCGUUAAAGAGAACAGAAUCCAGUGCCUCAGUGGCUUAAUGGAACUUUGUUGGAUGUUUGGUUUAACAAACAAUCGCCACUACACAAGCAAACAAACAACAACAAACGAUUCUGACUGCUGAUUGGUCCGGCCUGAAACCGACCCGCCGGGAAAACUCCCGAACCUCCCAAUGGCCCGCCCGCCUGCUCCUGGACCGACUUUUUAAAAGUCAAACGUUUAAAAUAAAGUGGAGCAUAAAUAAACUUAAAAAUAGUUUGUGAUAUACCAAACAAUUUCCAUUUAAGACGUUUAGAAGGUUUUUAUCUGCAUCGGCUCCAUUUUAUUGAUCUACAGUCGGGGUCGCAUCAUAUUAUUCCAAAUGUAUGUGUGUUCGAAUGGCUUAGUCAAAGUCCAGACCCUAAAUCUGUCUGUUAUGUUCAAACUGUAGCAUCGCAUCAGGAGAAACAGAAGAUCCCCAUUAGUGGUCAUAAUGUUGUGCCAGGUUUCCGUAAGUAGAGUCAAGUUUGCAGCAUUUCAGCUAAAAUCCCGAGGAAAUCCGUGGGAACGGAUCCAGAAUGUGGGCUGGCUGCCUGAUCCAAAAGUGACCCAGUUACGGAAGGAGGCGCGAAGCGGCGGAGAGGAAGAAGGAGGCGCGCGGAGCGGAGCGGAGAGAGUUAGCAGACAAAAGGAUGAGCUGAGGCGCGUGGGAUGACACCGUGGGUUAGGCGGGAGGAGAGAGGGAGCGCAGACACACGGAGGGUGACGUCAAACCCGAGCGGAGCUGACCAGCCGCCGCUCUCUGCGCCUCUGCACGCGGCCGCCGCGGCUCUGAAACACCGCGGAGGAGGAACCGCGGAGGGGAGACCGGAGGAAGAGGAGGAGGAGGAAGAUCAGCCUCGGCUCGCGCUGCACUGGGACGCAUCGGACGCGUUAUUUAUCUACUGGUUGGAGCGUGGCUGCUCGCCUCGCGCUGUCAGACAGGUGCUACCAGCGCGCGGGACGGAGCUUUGAUCCUGAAGGUGGAGGCUCGCGCGCAGCAACAAGUUUCAGGUUCUGAAUUUCCUCUGGAUUCAUGAAUCGGAUUUUAUGGAGUUCUUGUUCUGCUUUUCUUUUUUUCUCCGCGCCUGGUGAUUCUUUUGGGAAUCUUUAAAGGAAAACUGGGAAUUCCUGCAGCGUGUUAAUCCCGCUCUGGUUCUGGUUCCGGUUCGGUUGGACCCGGAUCCUCCGACCCGCUUCCAAUCAGAGUCUCUUUCUGUUCCACGGUCCCGGCUCUGCGUGGCGCCGCGACCCCCUGAUGGUGCCCGCGGUCCGGUCACAGUGGCUCGAGCUGCGGUCGCUGCUCGGACGCGCCACGCGGUGAUUUUCCCACGCGGGGAUCGUGAUGGCUUGUCCGGCAGAGGCGAGAUCGGUUCGAAAGGUUCUGUAAGGGAUCCGCUGUCUUGACAAUGACCUCCAGCCGCGCUGUGCCCCGCGCCGUUCCCACCCCAACCCGAAAGAAAAGCACGCGCCCUCGGUUCGAUGCGCACGAGAAGACGUCGUGUCCCCAGAACCGCUGAUCCGACUGAGAGUCCGGAGGAGCAGGAGGAGAGGAGACACUGAGACAGACGAUCGGAGCUGAGAGGCGGUGAUGGAGCUGUCGGAGGUGCGCUGCUCCAGCGCGAGCGAGGAGCUGUACACCAUCAACAAGACGCCGAGCAGCAGCGGCAACAGCAGCAGCGGCAGCGGCGGCGGCGGCAGCGCGCGGCCCAAGCGGCUGCUGUGGCAGAACGCGGUGCGGCACAUCACCGAGCAGCGCUUCAUCCACGAGCAGGGCGGCGGCGGCGGCGGCGGGGGGGCCAAAGACGACCCCUUCGACCCGAUCCAGGACGCGCGGAAGCAGUCCGCGGGCCGGACCUCGGUGGGGGACCGGCACAACAACGGCGGGACCAAAGUGUUCCCCGAGCGCGCGAGCAGCGACCUGGGCUUCCUGCAGAUCGACUGCGCGCCCAGUAACUCGGACUUCUUCCUGAACUGGGGCUACACGUACCGGGGCGUGAUUUUCCCCACGCUGCGGAACGCCUUCAAGUCGCGCGACCUGGAGCGGCUCUACCAGCGCUACUUCCUGGGCCAGCGGCGGAAGUCCGUGGUGGUGAUGAACAUCCUGGACGUGGUGACCAAGCUCACCCUGCUGGUGCUGCACCUCACCCUGGCCUCCACCCCCAUGGACCCCAUCAAGGGCACGCUGCUGGGCUUCUUCACCGGCAUAGAGGUGGUCAUUUGUGCCUUAGUGGUGGUGCGGAAGGACACCACCUCGCACAGCUACCUGCAGUACAGCGGCGUGGUCACCUGGGUGGCCAUGGCCACGCAGAUCCUGGCGGCCGGUCUGGGCUACGGGCUGCUGGGGGACGGCGUGGGCUACGUCCUGUUCACGCUGUUCGCCACCUACAGCAUGCUGCCGCUGCCGCUCACCUGGGCCAUCCUGGCCGGCCUCUUCACCUCCGGGCUGCACAUCCUGGUCCAGCUGCUCAUCUCGGAGAGCGCGCGCUUCUUCACCAACCAGGUGGCGGCUCAGGCCGUGCUCUUCAUGUGCAUGAACACCGCUGGGAUCUUCAUCAGCUACCUGUCCGACCGGGCCCAGCGCCAGGCCUUCCUCGAGACGCGGCGCUGCAUCGAAGCUCGCCUCAGACUCGAGACUGAGAACCAGAGACAGGAACGCCUGGUGUUAUCCGUGCUGCCACGUUUUGUAGUUUUGGAAAUGAUCAACGACAUGACAAAUGUAGAGGACGAACACCUCCAGCAUCAGUUCCACAGAAUUUACAUCCACCGCUACGAGAAUGUCAGCAUUCUUUUCGCAGAUGUUAAAGGAUUCACGAACCUCUCCACCACGCUGUCCGCCCAGGAGCUGGUACGAAUGUUGAAUGAACUCUUUGCACGUUUCGACCGUCUGGCUCACGAGCAUCACUGUCUGCGAAUCAAGAUCCUGGGAGACUGUUACUACUGCGUGUCUGGUCUACCUGAGCCCAGACCGGACCACGCCCACUGCUGCGUGGAGAUGGGACUGAGCAUGCUCAAAACCAUCAGAUACGUCCGAUCUCGUACGAAACACGACAUCGACAUGCGGAUCGGGAUCCACUCCGGAUCGGUGCUGUGCGGCGUACUGGGACUCAGGAAGUGGCAGUUUGACGUCUGGUCCUGGGACGUGGACAUCGCCAACAAGCUGGAGUCCGGAGGCAUCCCGGGGCGAAUCCACAUCUCCAAAGCCGCUCUGGAUUGUCUGAACGGCGACUACGAGGUGGAGGAGGGUCACGGCAAGGACCGCAACGACUUCCUGCGGCGCCACAACAUCGAGACGUACCUGAUCAAGCAGCCGGAGGAGAGCCUGCUGACGCUGCCGGAGGACAUCAUGAAGGAGGCGGCGAGCUCGGCCGACCGCCGGGCCAGCAGCGCCACCUUCAACGAGGCGUCCUGGAGCCCCGAGCUGCCCUUCGACAACAUCGUGGGAAACCAAAACACUCUGGCUGCCCUAACGAGAAAUUCGAUAAAUCUGCUUCCAAACCAUCUUGCACAAGCUUUGCAUGUCCACUCUGGUCCUGAGGAAAUUAACAAGCGAAUAGAGAGCGCCAUCGACUUACGGAGUGGCGAUAAGUUGAGAAGAGAGCAUAUCAAGCCUUUCUCACUGAUGUUUAAAGACUCCAGCCUGGAAGAGAAGUACUCACAGAUGAGGGACGAGGUUUUCAAGUCCAACCUGGUCUGCGCCUUCAUCGUGCUCAUCUUCAUCACAGCUAUUCAAAGCCUGCUUCCCUCUGCCAGAAUGGUGACCAUGGUGAUCCAGUUCUCGGUCCUCAUCCUUCUCCACUCCUGCCUGGUUCUGGUCACGACGGCGGAGGACUACAAGUGUCUGCCUCUGGUUCUGAGGAAGGCCUGCUGCUGGAUCAACGAGACGUACGCAGCGCGGAACGUCAUCGUCUUCGUCUCCAUCCUGAUCAACUUCCUCGCUGCGAUGAUCAACAUCCUGUGGUGCGACUUCGACAAGCCCAACACCUUCAGGAACCAGACGAUCAACGAGUCGGCCUCCAUCCCGGACAUCUGCUUCUACCCAGAGUACUUCGUGUUCACGGGCGUCCUGGCCAUGGUCACCUGCGCCGUGUUCCUGCGGCUCAACUCGGUGCUGAAGCUGGCCGUGCUGCUGCUGAUGAUCGCCGUCUACUCCCUGCUGACCGAGGCCUUCUACACCUCGCUGUUUGUGCGCUACGACACGGUGCACCACAACACCGAAAACUUCCUGGGAACCAAAGAGACGUCUCUGCUGCUGAUGGCCAUGUUCCUCCUCGCCGUGUUUUACCACGGCCAGCAGCUGGAGUACACGGCCCGGCUGGACUUCCUGUGGCGCGUCCAGGCCAAGGAGGAGAUCAACGAGAUGAAGGAGCUGCGGGAACACAACGAGAACAUGCUGAGGAACAUCCUGCCCAGCCACGUGGCGCGCCACUUCCUGGAGAAGGACCGCGACAACGAGGAGCUGUACUCCCAGUCCUAUGACUCGGUGGGCGUGAUGUUCGCCUCCAUCCCCGGCUUUGCAGACUUUUACUCCCAGACUGAGAUGAACAACCAGGGAGUCGAGUGUCUGCGGCUGCUCAAUGAAAUCAUCGCUGACUUUGAUGAGCUGCUGGGUGAAGACCGUUUCCAGGACAUCGAGAAGAUCAAGACGAUCGGCAGCACCUACAUGGCCGUCUCUGGUCUGUCGCCUGAAAAACAGCAAUGUGAGGAUAAAUGGGGCCACCUGUGUGCGCUGGCCGACUUCGCCAUCGCUCUGAACGAGAGCAUCCAGGAGAUCAACAAGCACUCCUUCAACAACUUCGAGCUGCGGAUCGGAAUGGCUCACGGCUCGGUGGUGGCGGGCGUGAUCGGCGCCAAGAAACCGCAGUACGACAUCUGGGGGAAGACGGUGAACCUGGCCAGCCGGAUGGACAGCACCGGCGUGAGCGGCAAGAUCCAGGUUCCUGAGGAAACCUUCCUCAUCCUGAAGGAGCGAGGCUUCGCCUUCGAGUACCGCGGCGAGAUCUACGUCAAGGGCAUCAGCGAGCAGGAGGGCAAAAUCCGAACUCACUUCCUGCUGGGCCGGGUGCAGCCCAACCCGCUCAUCCUGCAGCCACGCAAAAUCACGGGCCAGUACUCCCUGGCGGCCGUGGUGCUGGGCCUGGUGCAGUCGCUCAACCGGCAGAAGCAGAAGCAGAUUCUCAACGAGAACAACAACUCGGGCAUCAUGAAAGGCCACCACCACUACAACCGCAGGACGUUGUUGGCGCCCGGUGGGGCCGAGGUAGGCGGCGGACAUCACGCCGAAGCUCCGGAUAAGACGGAUCUGUCCUGAGACGCCCGGCAGAGUUUUGGCUCCACGCUGAUUCCUUACAGGCAGAACUGCUCCGAAGGCACAAACCCCGUCUGCGGUUGAGUCAAACCUUGGUGGGUGAAGCGUCCGACCGUCGGUCUGAAACUCUGACCGGUACUUGGAAACAACAAGGCGCUAAUUGUACGUUAAACUUUGGCUGAUUUAGGGCUUUUCAGAGUCAUGGGGAGAAAAUCGUUUCCAUCAGAGUCGAAUGGAUUUGAUCAGGUGAUGCUGAUCAUUUCCAUUGAUUUAAUGAUCAUCAGGAGCAGAAAUGCAUCUAGAAAAACAGCAGCUGGCAGUUUGUUGAUCUGGAGCUGUGAGCUAAUGUUGUGCCAGUUGUGAUGUCUGAACUCUGUCAUUCUUCAGAGCAGUCAGAGGGUAAAACAGCAACUGGCUAAUUCCUGGUUCACACAGCGAGAUUUUAAAAUUGUCGGCCAAUUUUCAAAACCUGACAGACAAAAACGUGUGAUGAUGAUGUAAUAUCUACGGUAUAACAGGUUUGGUCGUACAGUUCAUCAUCAGCAGCAUUCAGACGUCAGACGGGAAAUUUCAGAAAACGUGAGUUCAGAGUCAACAAACAGAUUAUGGAUCAUAUUUAGCAGAGAUUAAAACCUUUUGGUGCGUCAUGGCAGGUACUUUAUCGUCUGUGUUUCCGUCGCCUCGCGUUCUGACCUGCCGCAUUCAGCAGGCUGUGAACUGGUUUGACCUCUGGGAACGCCACGCGCUGCGAUAUCGGGCCCUGAUGACCCAACAUGUUGAAUAUCACCGAUUUUAGAUCGGAGCGAACCAGAUCACUGAACACACGGCAGGAUUAUCGCUUACAUAAGAAAAACUUCUGAAGGGGAAAUUAUGACAAACAUUCGGUGAACUAAGUAUGAGUGAAGUUUAAAAAUAUUUAGACUUUUGUCCUAAAGUGGCAACAUUUGGUAAAACACAUCGUCGUUUCACCACAACAGUCCAGCAGGUGGAGCCGCUGAUGACUGGGACCUGGUCAGCCAUUAAAUGAACUUUGACCUCCUCUAUGUAUCGAUGUAUCAGUUGAAUUAAACAUGAGGUUGGUUUGACCCAAACCGGGUCAUCAACAGGGAAAUGAUCCGAACCCGCCCGAUUACUCACAGCAGGAUCGCUAAAGCAGAAAAGAAUCGAUGUGUCGUAACGGCCUAGUCAAAGUCCACAACCUUACAAGGCAAAUGUGUGCAUGAGCUGCAGCUGUUGAAGCCAGACAGUUCAAGUCGCUGCUGAAAUGGGUUCUGAAUCAGAGUUUUACUCGGUUUUUGUUACAAUAAACUGUUUGAAACUUUAUUUCUCCUCAUGACUUUAUUUAAUGUUUUCAGUAAAAAUGAAUGUAAACUCAUGUUUAGUUCUGGUUUAUUAAAGUAUUUCUGAUGCGAAGGGCGGUUUGGACAUCCAGGAGAAGAGACUUUUAUUUUGAAGUUUUUAUCAUGAAUGUCUAAAACUGAACGUUCCUCCGGUGUGUUCACGUUCUCUACAAGCUCCGCCCACUUCGGUUUAAUCCAGCCAAUGAGGUUUGAUCUUCGUCCUGCGCAGCUCUGCUUUCUGUGAAUGUUUGUAGAACCGAAACUCAACAUUAGAGGAGGAGAUGGUGACUGGGAGGACUGGGAGGACUGGGAGGACUGGACGUCCCGCUCCGUCCUCCAGACUGAUUAUCCGGGACUUCCCCCAACGUUCCUGCUGUCCGUUCCCAUUUUUAUCUCACCUGCGUCGGACCCGUUCACACCUGACCCCUGCCCUUUGACGUUUGCCCGGUGUCGAUGUUUCUUUUUUGUAUUUCUUUUAUAUAUGGAACACAAUAAAAAGGGGUCUAAUUUUUUAUAGAA